AUGGAGGAGCAGCGGCAAUGGGGGGUGAGAAACCCCAGCCCUUAUUUUUUUCCGGCGGAGGAGAGUGCGGAUUUAGCUCUCCAAUCGGCCAUUUCUAGGCUGAGUAUUUCGUCGGAAUUUGACGGUGAUCGUCACCGUCAGACGACGCCGGUUAUUGGCUCGUCAAGAGGCGUGUCCGACGUGGCGGCCGGGUCGCGAUUGGACCCUCCGAUUGCGUAUCAUCAUCAGCUACUGGGAGGCAAUGUGGAGGAGGGUUUGCUGACGAUGCGGAGGGUGGCCCAGAAUGGUUAUGGCGAUUUUCUCCUGGGCUUUGGUGGAGCCCACCAGGAUUCGAAUGUGGGCCAGGCUAGGACUUUGGCCCACCUCGGUGGCAGCUCAAAUCACGGGAGCGCCGCCUCCGCUCUCCACGGCGGCGGCGGCGGCGAAGAUUCUCCGGCGUUCAACAACGGCGAAAACUUUUUCCAUGAUCACUACCCUUUCUUGCUCUGCAAGAAACCCUUCUACAGAAACCCCACCCCAAAUUUCCCAAUUCAAAGCAUUUCGCCAGGAUUUCCUGAUGUUCAUCACCGGAACCACCAAUGUUCACUGCUAAAUCUCGACGAUUUAAGGGGCAAAAUCAUUUCCUAUGCAAAAGACCAAACCGGUUGCCGGAUUUUACAACACAGUUUAAACUUCUGGACAACCGAAGAAAUCGAGGUCGUGUUGUCCGAGGUUAUUGAUUCUUUGGUUGAUCUGAUGAACAAUCAAUCCGGCAGUUACCUCAUCCAGAAGCUCUUCUCACUAUGCUCCGAUGAACAGAAACUCAGGAUUAUUCUGGCAUUAACCAUGAAACCAUUUGACCUGGUUUAUAUAUGCCUAAACUCUUUUGGGGCUCGAGCUAUGCAAAAAAUGCUGGAAGUUCUUAGUUCUUUAGAACAAAGGUUCAUGGUCAUGACUGCUCUUAGUCUGGGUGCUGUUUCAUUGGCCUGUGACACCAAUGGCCACCUUGUGGUUUUAUACUGCUUGAACAACUUCCCCUUUGAAUUCAACGAGCGUUUUAUCAAUGGAAUAGUAGAUAAAUGCUUUCGAGUUGCAACCAACAUAAGAGGAUGCCGAGUGCUGCAGUUAUGUGUAGAGAAUGCUCGUGGAGAAGUUAGAGAACGUCUGGUAUGCGAGAUAUUAGCAAAUGCGGUGUUCCUUUCAGAAGAUCCCUAUGGCAACUAUGUGGUGCAGCAUCUUCUUGACCAAAACAUACCCGGAGUAGAAGAGACACUACUGAAAUGUCUUGAGGGGAAGUUUGCAACACUUUCCUGCAACAAAUACUCAAGUAAUGUUGUCGAGAAGUUCUUUGUCAAAUCGGGAGAAAACUCCUCCAAAGUUAUCAUGGAGUUGAUCACAAGUACAAAUGCUUCUAAGCUUCUUGUUGAUCCUUUUGCAAACUACGUCAUUCAGAAAGCAUUGAAAGUGGCAACGGGCGAGUUGUUCACUGCACUUGUUAAACUAAUCCUCGUGAAUGCUUCAUCCAUGCAAAGUAACAAGCAUGGGAGGAAGAUCCUUGCUUGGUUCGACAAUAGGAAGUAGACGAUGUACAUGUGAUUGAUGACUCCUCUCUCUAUAUCUCUCCCUCUUGUAUGCCCGUUUGAUCAGGAUUGAUGCCACUGCUCCAACCUUCUUCCCCGGCUCGCUGUGUUAGAGUUUCGUAGGAUCUAGACAUGUGGGUAAACAUUAGCUUUAUGGUCUGUUGUUUGUGUGUCUGCCUAAACUGAGGAUUGCAGAACCAUCAUAAAAUCUGGGGUUUAGAUUGUACACUGUUGAGUGCCUCUAUCUGUUGGUUAUAUGAUAUAUAUAUAUAUAGCUAUGGGCUGUAAACAAUCUUUCUUGAUUAAUAAAAAAAAUAUCAC